CGCACGACAAAGGACACAUUUGAAUUGUCUUUCCUGCAAAAUACAACACGGUGGAAUAGCUAAACUCAGACAUAACCUAUGCUAGUGAAUGUUAUACAGCCAAGAUAUCUUAGCAUGAAGUCGCCAUGUCUGGACUAUCUUGCUUGAUUCGUCGGUGUAUAGUCAUCGCUACUUCAACCAUACUACUGAUGGUGUUUCUACUACAAAUCGAUUAUUUGAAGCUUAUCGAAUCACUGCCUCAUCAAACGCCUGCUGUAGAUCCACGUUGCGAUGGCCAACAACAUCCGCUAUCUUCGCAGGCUUUGCUGUAUCCAGGCUGUAAGAACAACGACCGCCUUGGAUCAAUCCCAUCCACCCCCGCAUUGUUUAACUACACGUUACCUCUUCGAACUCGUGGACGAGAUAUUGUGGAUGCGCGGGGUCAGCGGGUCAAGCUCGCCUCGAUCAAUUGGUAUGGGGCUAGUGACGUGGGCUACAUCCCUGCUGGAUUGGACGCCCAACACCGAGACGAUAUUGCGAAGUUAAUCCGCAGUCUGGGUUUCAACAGUGUGCGACUACCCUAUGCGGAUGAGAUUGUGCGAGAUAACCCGUGGAUUCCAGCAGAGAAACUAAGCGCUAACCGAGACUUGGUGCGGCCGGAUGGGAGACAUUCAGAGGAAGGAGAAGGGGCACUUGCUCGCGAUGUGUUUACUGCCGUGGUGCAAAGUCUCACAGAUGCGGGUAUUAUGGUAAUUGUUAACAAUCAUAUCACGCAGGCCACCUGGUGUUGUGGCGCCAACCCUUGUGAUGCGGUCUGGAAUAACGACUGGUUUGGAGGAUCGUUAUUUUGUAGAGUGAGUCAGACAGAGCAACAGUGGAUCUCCAACUGGGAGACCACAAUGCAUCCUUUAAUAUCCAACCCGGGUGUCAUUGGCGUUGAUCUACGUAAUGAGCCCCGGGGUCUGUGGGGAACGUUGAGCUGGGACGACUGGGCUGGAGCAGCAGAAACAGCGGCUCACCGGUUACUUACUCUGAACCCCGACUGGCUCAUCGUGGUUGAGGGCAUCUCAUCUGCCAACGACCUCUCCGGCGUGCGCACACGACCAAUUGAGCUUCCUCCGGGGUAUGCCGAUCGUGUGGUAUACUCGGCUCAUGUGUACAGCUGGUCUGGCUGGGGCGCGUUAAGACCAUAUUCGGGACGCACAUAUAGUGACUUUGCGACGAGUAUGCGAAAGAACUGGGCCUUCAUCAUCGAAGAGAACCUAGCACCUGUGUGGAUUGGAGAGUUUGGAACGGCCGACCAUCCCAACAGUGGAGAUCGCAACUACUGGAAUAAUCUCAUCUCGUUUCUCGGCGAUAUAGAUGUCAGCUGGGGCUAUUGGGCGCUAAAUCCUCGAAAGCCAGCCGGUUGGGAAUGGGAAGGAUACGGUCUGGUAGGCGAUGGAUGGGAUGAAGACUCGGUCCGGCGGGACUAUCGGUUGAAUGACUUGUACCAUCUUGGUUUGAGGCCCGAGCUGGCAAGCUGAGAUACCACGGCGCUGAGACAACCAGAUGGAGGCCCAUCUCUCUGCUCAUUCGUUUUCCCCCCCCAACGGCCUCUUGACGCAAGAGUCCGCAGAGGCCAGGCAAAUGGUUCAAACGAACAACCACGCGUUGAGGCUCGAAUGUUCUGGUGCCUAUGGAGAGAAGCGGAGUCGGCAUGGAAGAGUGAGGUCUUUGUUUACCAUGAGGAGCAGGAGCAGGGUUGAUAUUCGCAACUGGUUGCUGCGAGGCAAUCAAAAGAUGUUUGUAUAUGUUUGCCUCUCUACAGCCGGCCAAUCACGACGUCCCAUCCGCACCACGCGCCCCUAGGCACACGUGAUCACCACUGUGCCCUACUAACUGCAUUGAGUGCUUCUCCAACUAUUCAUUAUUGUCUUUAUGCUUAGGGCUAGUAUUAGGGUCAGG